AUGGCUAGAAGAAUUAGAGAAAGAAGAACUGAUGAUGAUUUUCGCUUGUUAGACAAUAGAAGACGAGCAAAUUCUCAUAAAAUUGAACGACGAAAUAAUGAAUUCAAAACAGAAGAAAAUAAAAGAAGAGCCGAAGCUCAUAAAAUUGAACGACAAGAUGAUGAAUUUAAAACAGAAGAUAAUAAAAGAAGAGCCGAAGCUCUGAAAAUUGCACGACAAGAUGAUGAAUUCAAAGAAGAAGAGAGAAGAAGAAAUGCAUUAAGAAUACACAAUAAUAGAAAUAAAUACAAAAGUAAUUUUGAUGGCAUGAAAUCAAAUUAUGAAUCAAAAAUAAAAGAAGGACCUACUCAUAUUUGUAGCUGUUGUGGUGGUUUAUGGUUUGAGUAUUCAAUCAGAGAAUUUACAGUUGAGAUGUUAACAAACAAAGGAUUAAAAAAAGAAUUUAUCGAUACAGUUUGUUAUCUCAAAAAUACAAUCAUUAAAUUAUGUGUCACUUGCAGAAAGGACAUCAUGUCGAAUAAGGUACCUAAUCUCAGUCUGUCUAAUGGUUUAGCAUUCUAUGAAGUACCGGAUUGCUUGAAAGCCUUGACUGAAUUAGAAGAAAGAUUAAUAUCGCCAAGAAUUCCUUUUAUGGUUAUUCGAAGUUUAGGUUCUUGUAAACAAUUCGGUCUCAAGGGUAACCUUGUAAAUGUUCCCAUGAAUGUUGAUACAAAUGUUUCAGUAUUGCCCAGAAGUUUUAGUGAUACUCACACGAUUCAAUUGAAACUCAUGAGACAAAUGAAAAAUAAAAAUGCUUUUAUGUAUGAAACAAUUCGACCAAAAGUUGUGCAUACUGCUGUAAAAUAUUUGGUUGAGCAAGAGCUGUAUAAAGAUGAAGGAAUUGUGAUAUCUCAUGAUUGGCUGAAAGAAUAUUCUAACGAGAGAGAGAAUUUUAUCAUCGAAGAUGGAGAUAAGAAACUGGAUGAAAAUCAAAACAUCAGUAAAGAUUUUGAUGACGAGGACAAAUGGAAUGAAUGUGACGAUGAACCAGUCAAUCCAAGUGCUACUGAAACAUUAUUAAAUGACGAGAUUGUUGAUCAAAAUGAUAUUGGUAUCAAAUUUGCUCCAGGAGAGAAUAACAGACCGAUAUCUAUUUUAAUGGAUUUGAAAGUCGAUGAAUUAACAUUUCCGAAAAUUUAUUGUGGCAAGCAAAGAAAAAUCAAAGCGAAUGUUAAAUUAACUUAUGCUAAGAUUGCCAAGUCAAAAUUAAGAAUAAAUGAUCCUGUAACAUGCGUUCGUUAUUUUGAACAUAGAUUAAAAUGUUUAUGGGAGAUAUUAUCGGCACCUUGUGGACCAUUUCAAGGCUAUGAAUUAGAAGAUAAAUAUGUCAGAGUUGAAUUCCAAGUCCGUGGUUCGCCACAUAUUCAUGCUUUACUAUGGUUAAAAAAUGCUCCAAAAUAUGAUAAAAAUAAACCUGAAUCAAUUGAAAGAUGUACAGAAUUUAUUGAUAAGCUGAUUUCAGUUAAUUGUAAGCCAACGGAAUUUUCUGAAUGCCUUAUAUGUUUGCAACGUCAUAAGCACUCACA